AUGGGUACGUGUAUUAUAAACGGAAGCACAUGUGGCGUCGUGGCGUGUGACGGCGCGCAGGUGGCCGCCACACUAUCAUGUGAUAGGAUUAGUCGAUCUAUCGAGGUAUGGCUGAAGACAGGAAGACGUCACAGCGAAAUCCUAGAAGAACAGAAGACGAGUGAAGGAAGACUGAGAAGACCAGGGUCUACUAUCAUACUGUGGCUGAAAUGUGACCAGGAAAUCCACGACGUUCGUUUAAACUCCCGAGUCGACUCCAUGUUAAAGGACGGCUUGAUAGAUGAACUACUCGACUUCCACGACAGACACAACAAACAGAGAAUCAAAGAUGGCAAACCACCAGAUUACACAAAAGGCGUUUUCCAGACACUAGGCCUUAAAGAGUUUCAUGAAUAUCUCAUAUUACCCCCUGAGAAGAAAGAACAGGAAGAAGGAAAGAAACUUCUAGAAGUUAGCAUAGACAAUAUGAAAAUGGGAACUAGAAGAUACGCGAGGAGACAAAACAAGAUGGUGAAAGGAAGGUUUUUAGAACAUCCCACUAGAGAGGUUCCACCAAUUUUCACACUAGACACUACAGAUCUCAGUAAGUGGGAUGAUGAAGUUAAAAACAAAGCAAUAGUCAUUAUAGAAAGUUUCAUUAAUGGUUCUCCGUGUGAGUAUGAAUCGUUAACAUCGAAUGCUACUGAAGAUAUAAAAAAAUUAAAUCGGCAUUCAUCAAACUAUUGUGAAAUUUGUGAAAGACUUAUUAUAGGAGACAAGGAAUUUGCAAUACAUUUAAAUUCAAACAGACACAAGAAAGUACUGAAACUCAAGAAUAACUUGAAAGUUAAUAAACAAAAGGAGAAAACUGAGUGA